CGUUGCUACACAGAGAGAUCUCGCGGGAGAUUGUGUGAGUUUGGUGUGAACUGCUCUUCACUUAUUGGAGGGGUGAAUGCUACACGCCGGAGACAGUGUCAAUUUCCGGUGCCUGUUGUCAUCCUUGCAAAGAGGCACUCUAGGUGAAAUACUGACAAUGGCAGAUAAUCUUGAUGAAGAUGAUGAUAUUCCCCAACUGUCAGCUGAUACUUUGAAAAUACUUCAACAGUUUUAUGAUGAACAGUCAGCUCUUCAUGAUCAGCAGAUGGGAAACCCAGAUAUCAUGCCUCAGGAGGACUGGCAACUAAGUCAGUUCUGGUAUAAUGACAGUACAGCUUUCAAAUUGGCAGAAGAGGCCAAGUAUGUUGCUGGUGAGAAUGGGAGGAUGGCAUUCCUUAGUGCUCCAACUGCCUUUAAGAAGCUCUUAGAGAUCAGUCCUUCAUCAGAUGCAGUACUAUUAGAAUAUGACAAAAGAUUUGCAAUACAUGGAGACAAGUACAUCUUCUAUGACUACAAAAAUCCCUUGGACAUUCCAAGAGAUUUAGAGAAAGCAUUUGACAUUGUGGUAGUAGAUCCACCUUUUCUCUCUGAAAGGUGUCUCAAGAAUACAGCUGAAACUGUCAAAUUCAUUUGGAAAGGAAAAGUUAUCUUAUGCACAGGUGAAAUAAUGGAAGAAUAUGUCAAGAAAUACCUUGGUGCUGAGGUGUGCAGUUUUAUGCCACAACAUGAAAGGAAUUUGGCAAAUGAAUUCCGCUGUUACACAAACUACAAAACUGUUGUUCUUGAGCAAACGUGAUACGGCAACGACUCAACCUUUUGAAUGGGGAAAAUUCUGAAUUCUAAUGAUUAUGUAUUUUUAAAUCAUAAAUUCUUAAAUUUAGAUUUUUUGCAGGUAGCAACAAAACUGUAAAGACUAUCAUACAGUUCCAUUCUAUUCAGUGAAAUCACCACAAAUGCUACAAAAAAGUUGUAUUUUUAGUGAUUCUAAAGUUAAGCAUCUGAAAAUUGUUUUUCCCUAUUGAAAAGAUCACGUCAUUAAUUUUAUCAUGCUUAUUCAAAAUAAACAGGGAGAGUGGACCAUACAAAAGAAGAACAGGUGAUUAAAUGGUAGAUUCCACAAAUUAAGUUAGCUUAGAGAGCUAAUCGUUAUGGUUAUAGACAUUAAGUUGGAAGUAGUUUGUUCAGGCCUACCCAACUUGGCACUGAAUGAUCCUGAAUUUGCUGGUACAUCCAAUCACGCUACCUGUUUUCAAGGUGUGUAUCAGUAUGCAUUUCACAGUGUCAAAUUUUGUACUUGAAUUAGAGUAUAACUACUUUUCCUUGUUUGUAACUGAUAAAUUGCAUAUUCAUUUGAAUAAGAGGCUAAAAGGUCUGUAAACUAUUACUAAGGGAAAUUAUUUUUUUUUUUUUUACAAAUUAUAUGGCACAAAUCCUCUUGACAAGCAGGAUAAUGCAACUGUCUUCACUAAUUGCUUGAAAUAACAGUGCAGCCUCUUAAUUAGAAUUAAGUGCAUUGUAAACUCAUACACUCUUUGCAAGUUACAUCUUGGUCUACAUCCCCACCUCCAAAUUGCUAAAUGGUCAUAGACUCAAUUAAAUGACUUGGUCACAAGCAACCUGUUUAUAGUAACCAUUUUGUUGUUCUGAUGUACAAUGUAUGGUAUUAAUUUCUGAUGUAAAGAAAUAAAAUCCAAUUUAAAAUUGCAUGCAUUUUAUGUACUUUCUAUCUUGAGGUGUAAGUUAAUACAUGUUUUCAUUCCAACUGGAAAUUCCACAAAUUAAAUAAAUUAAGGGGAAAUUACAGGGAACUAGAAGCUGUUAAGUUUUACAAAGGGUUUGCUUCUUACGAAGAAAUCAUGAAAUUUCAUGACUACUUGAAUCCAGGUAUUUCUGAUGUGUGCUAUUGGGAUUCAAAGACGGAGACACACCAAGAGGAAAAAACAUCUAUCUCAGGAUUUAUAUUGAACAUAUUGAGUCACGUAUUUCUGAUCUGAAUGGCAAGCAAAUUGGACAAGUUAUGGAUCAUAAUGUAUGUUGUUAUUUAUAUAAUGCACAAAAGCCUUAUUAUCUGAUUAAGUGUUGAAAUUAUCAUAUAUGCAGAAAAAGUGAAAGAUGGACAAUCCCCCUAGCAAAAUUAAAUGUAAGCAGCAAUAUUGCAGCACUAUUAUGUAUUGCAAGAAAGUCUUUAUAUUCUAGCAAAUUAGCAGCAAAUCUUACGUUUGCAGUAAAUUUGCCAGAAAGUAUUAUAUUCUUACAAAUUAAUAGCAAAUAUUACUGGGUUCCCAUGCCUAGAUCGCUCCAUCUGGAUCUGGAUCAUACCGAAUCAGCUAGGGAGUAAAGAUAACUACCCCCUAGGAGCUUUACUAGAUG